UUUGUAUGUACAUACAUUUUCAUGGUGCUUCACGUGUACUUUUUACUUCGAUAGAAAAUAUAAUAUCUUUAUAUAUAUAUCAUAUAAUUUCUUUUAAAAUGAAAGUUAAAGUAUUAACUAGGAAUCCUGAUGAAUACUUACGAGAGACUAAACGAGAUAUCCAUAAAAUUCCGAGAAAUUUCGAUCCAGCUUUACAUCCUUUCGUAGCUCCAAGAGAAUACACGAAAGCAUUAAAUGCCAUUAAACUCGAGAGGGUAUUUGCAAAACCAUUUGUAGGCAAUUUAGAAGGCCAUAAGGAUGCAAUAUCUUGCAUAUGUAAACAUCCUUCUCAAUUAUCUACUUUAUUAAGUGGUGCUUACGAUGGUGAAGUAAAAAUGUGGAAUCUUGCUAAAGGAACUUGCACACGCACAUUACUAGCUCAUGAUGGUAUAAUUCGUGCUGCUACAUUUAUACCUGAUGGGAAACGUUUUAUUACUAUUGGAGAUGAUAAAACAAUUAAGACAUGGGAUGCUGCUAAUAAUGAAAAAGACGAACCCUUAAAUACUAUUGCCAGCAAAAGAGUAUUAUCUAAUAUAACUCAUCAUCGGACUAAACCUGUUUUUGUCACUUGUGGAGAAGGAUUAUGUCAUAUGUGGGAAGAAACUCGUAAUGUACCACUUCAUACAUUUAAAUGGGGAGUAGAUAGUUUACAUGAUGUAAAAUUUAAUCCUGUACAAAAAGAUCUUUUAGCCUCUUGUGGAAGCGAUCGUAGCAUAAUUUUAUAUGAUACUAGAGAGACAGGACCCUUAACAAGAAUAGUAAUGAAAUUACGAAGCAACAAACUUUCGUGGAAUCCCAUGGAAGCUUUCACUUUUACAUGUGCUAAUGAAGAUUACAAUUUGUAUACCUAUGAUAUUCGGAAAUUGAAAACACCAAUUAAUGUACAUAUGGAUCACGUGGAGGCUGUGAUAGAUGUGGAUUAUUCACCAACAGGAAAAGAAUUUGUUUCAGGCAGUUAUGACAAGUCUAUCCGUAUUUUUGAAGUUAAUAAAGGUCACUCGCGAGAAGUAUAUCACACAAAACGCAUGCACAGGCUUACCUGUGUAGGAUGGUCACUUGAUGAUAAAUACAUAAUAAGCGGCAGCGAUGAAAUGAACCUUCGUAUAUGGAAAGCUAAAGCCUCAGAAAAACUCGGCAUCUUGAAAACUAGGGAAAAACUGGCACGGCGUUGCAACGAUGCUUUAAUAGAGAAAUAUGCUAUUCAUCCUGAAAUUCGACGUAUUGCACGUCAUAGACAAGUGCCGAAGCACAUAUACAAUGCGCGAGCCGAAUUACGGACAAUUCGUGAGAAAAAUAAACGCAAGGAGGCUAACAGGCGUUCUCAUUCUAAGAAAAACACUGUACCGUUUAUGUCAGAAAGGGAAAAGCACAUAGUACGUCAAGAUAAUUAAAACGAUAUGUAUCUUUUUACUCGAUAUGAUUCAAAAUACGUUACAAUAUUUCGAGUUUUAUGUAUCGAUUCAUAGUUAAUUGAUUCAUUACGUCAUCGAUUUUUGUUAGAUCUCAGGAUAUUAUGUAUGGCAAGAAAUACAUACUCUUUGUAUAAUAUUUAUUGUAAUAAAUAAUUUCUCUUGACAUUAUAUAACGCAUCGCGAUAAUAAAUUCAUAAAACAUUACAAACCUCAAGCAGUGAUUAAUGUCAUGCCUAGUGUACCUUACGACAGCUGAUUAUGCUGCGCUUCUUGCGCGAUUAUUUUAGCACGCGAUUUAAUCGGUUUCCUAGUAUAAAUAUUUCUCUUGUUAUUUUAACUUUAUAUCCCAAAA